UCACUGUCUCAUUUUCUAAUAAUCUUUUAGCUUCGUGGUUGUGUGUUUCUUCUUAUUUCUGCAGUUUUUUUAUAGAACAGAAAUUGCAAAUACAAAUAAAAUCGGAUUAAAUUUAAAAAAUACAUUUGAAAUCAAUCAUUGAUUAAAAAUUUCAAAGAAAGUAUUCUUCGUUAAAGGUUGUGAAAGCCCAUAAGAGCCGAGUAAUAAGUAAAAAUUUUAUAUGCACGAUUAUACGCACAAACAUCCAUACAUAAGUGGAGCAAAAUUUAAUAAAUCUUCCAUUGUAAAUAAAUAAAUAAAAACAACAAAGGAAACAUUUCAUUAAUAAAAUCAAAAUUGUGUCAACGUGUUAAUUAUUUUUAGUGCUCAAUCAAACAUUAUAAAAACCUGAUAUUCAAUAAAUUGAAAAAGACCCAAAGAUAUACAUAGGUACAACCACCAAAAAAUAAGAUAUUCUACAUACCUAUGAAGACAAUAUAAGGCCAAAAGCAUAAUUCGCUUUAUUUCUUUUCUUAAAAUCCGAAAUAUUAGUAAAAUUUAAAAUGCAAAACGACGUUGUUCGAUGGUCAUCAACAAAUUGCAAUUUAUAUAGCUGUAAUAAUAAACAUUCUUAUGUAAAUAACAACAAAUUAUAUAAAAGAACUGUUCAUAAGUUGUCCUCUUGCAAAGAAGAAAAAUAUAAAAAUGUGGACAAAACAACAUCACAUGAUAUUGAGUUAUUAUCAACCAUAGCAUUUAAUGAAUCAAAAAAUUUAUCCGUCAAAUGUGAUACUAAUGUGUAUGACUUAUAUUUAGUGCAAAAUAUAGUUAACUCUAGAACAUUUUUAAAAAAGGAUAAGAACCAAAAAUAUUUCUACCAGCAAUUGAAUGGUGUUAAAGGAAGUAGACGAAGCAACAAUAAUAUUAAUAAUAGCUAUGGUACUCGUUUAGUACUUUUAUUACAAUUAAGCGUCCUAGUGAUUUUGUGUUCAUACAAUAUCGGUUUCGUGACAAGUGCCAACCUUGAGGAAAAAGUUCUUCCCAGCUCAGAUACACACAAAUAUCUACAAGGAUUGCAGGAAGAAGAAAGUUUAGACAAAAAGGCUGGACAUUAUACACAUACGUGGGCGGUACAUAUUCCUGAUGGAGAUAAAGACGGUAAAGCAGAAAAAGUUGCUAUUGAUCACGGAUUCAUAAAUUUAGGAAGGAUUUUCGACGAUCAUUAUCAUUUUGCUCAUCGUAAAGUUUCAAAGCGUUCUUUGACGGCUGCUUUGUCACAUCAAAUUCGACUAGAUGAAGAUGAUCGAGUUAGUUGGGCUCAGCAACAAAUUGCAAAAUCCCGGAGAAAGCGUGAUUUUAUACAUAUGAGGCCUUCACGUACUUCUUCUAUAUCAGCUUAUUCUAUGGUGGAUGCAGUUCCUUUUAACGAUCCAAAAUGGCCACAAAUGUGGUAUUUGAACCGCGGUGGUGACUUGGAUAUGAAUGUUAUACCAGCCUGGAAAGAAGGUAUAACUGGCAAAGGUAUUGUAGUAACAAUUUUGGAUGAUGGUCUGGAAUCUGAUCAUCCGGAUAUUAUUAGUAAUUAUGAUCCCAAAGCAUCAUAUGAUGUGAAUAGUCAUGAUCCGGAUCCAAUGCCUCAUUAUGAUUUAACAGACUCAAACCGCCACGGCACCAGAUGUGCUGGUGAGGUUGCUGCUACUGCCAACAAUACAAUAUGUGCUGUGGGUAUUGCAUUUGGUGCCAGUGUUGGCGGUGUCCGAAUGCUUGAUGGUGAUGUCACAGAUGCGGUAGAAGCACGAUCGCUUUCUCUGAAUCCACAACAUAUCGACAUAUACAGUGCUUCUUGGGGUCCAGACGACGAUGGCAAAACAGUUGAUGGUCCAGGAGAGUUAGCAUCUAGGGCUUUUAUAGAAGGAGUAACAAAGGGUAGAAACGGAAAAGGAAGCAUAUUUAUAUGGGCUUCAGGAAAUGGAGGACGAGAACUAGACAAUUGUAAUUGUGACGGUUACACAAAUUCAAUUUGGACACUGUCAAUAUCUAGUGCCACCGAAGAGGGCCAUGUUCCCUGGUAUUCGGAAAAAUGUAGUUCCACUUUAGCAACAACAUACAGUAGCGGUAGCCAAACAGAAAAACAGGUUGUUACGACGGAUUUACACCACUCAUGUACUGUCUCUCACACUGGAACUUCAGCUUCGGCGCCUUUAGCAGCGGGCAUUGCUGCCUUAGUAUUGGAGUCAAAUACCAACUUAACGUGGAGGGAUUUACAGCAUAUUGUUGUUAGAACCGCAAAACCAGCCAAUCUUAUUGAUCCUAACUGGUCUAAAAACGGAGUGGGACGUAGAGUUAGUCAUUCAUUUGGUUAUGGUUUAAUGGAUGCAUCAGCGAUGGUUAGGUUAGCGCGGCAUUGGAAAACUGUGCCGGAACAACAACGUUGUGAAAUAAACGCUCCACAUGUUGAUAAAGUUAUUCCACCUAAAGGUCACAUAACCUUACAAUUAUCAGUAAAAAAUUGCUUAAAUAUUAACUUUCUGGAGCAUGUUCAAGCUAAAAUAACUUUAACAUCACAACGAAGGGGAGAUAUUCAACUAAACCUUAUAUCGCCAGCAGGCACUAAAGUUACUCUAUUAACACCACGAGUUCACGACACUUCGCACUCUGGAUUUAAUCAGUGGCCAUUUAUGUCCGUCCAUACUUGGGGAGAAUCACCGCAUGGAAAUUGGCAACUUGAAAUACACAACGAGGGACGUUAUAUGGGUCACGCGUUGUUGAGGGAAUGGUCACUUAUAUUUUACGGCACAACACAACCCAUUUACCCUAACGAUCCUAUAUCAACUGCUCGGACUGCACUUGUUGAUAUUACAACACCGAAUUCUAGUUCCGCCAGCACCAAUUUACACCAAAUUUACUCUGCCCAAUAUCCUCGUAUGUCAAACAACAAUAACUUAAAUUUCUCAAAAUUUGGCCUGGCUGGCAAACUUUCGUCAUCGAAGUUACCUCUAAAUAAAUCAGUAUAUGUUGCUGCUAAGAGCGAUAUAAAAAAUGAUCCAUUAUUUAAAGUGAUAAAUCAAGGGCCCGUCAGUAAAAAACAACAACAGUCUUCAAAAAACACAAAAGUUAAUAAAAAUGGCAAAGGGAAAUCAGUGGAAAACAACAAGUCAAAUAAAAAUUCAAAUAAUGUCGGGAGGCCUUUGAAGCAAAAAGAAUCUUCUACACAGGUCACGCCUGGUUCACAUAAAAAUAAAUUUUACCGCAUUUCUCAACAGAAUAAAGCUAUAAGUUCAAAAUCUCAAAACCCUCUUGAUGUUAAUAUUAGACAAAAAACUAACAAACUUCAGCAAUCAAGUGAGAGAUUACAAUCCCCUGAUGAAAAAGGCCGUAAAGUAAUUGGAGACUUGCAAUCAACUUCAUCAACCAGCAUUAAUAAUGGAAAAUUGAACUCAAAAUCUGCAGCAAAGGCAACAAAACACGUAAAAGAAUCCUCAUCCACAAAACAGCCGUUAUUGAGUACCGAUGUUUUAAUUCCUAUUCGGGAAGGAUCUAGUUCUAUGCAGUCUAAUCAGCGUAUAACUAAAUUGUUCGAACGAUAUGAAAAGAUUCAAUCCAUAUUUCCAGAAUUCCAGCCUUACCAACCAAUUCUGAAAGAUAAAAAUGACAAUGCUGUUGUUUUAAAAAGCACACCUAAACAUGGACAUUUGGGAGUUGCAUCCAACAUAGGUGCAGAUGGUACAACCAUUACUAAACCUUUACGUGAAAAUUCUAAAAAAUCGUCGCCAAGUUUUGUGCCUGACAAACAAAUUUUGAAGAAGCAGCAAUUACUUUUGGCAGCGGCAGGUGUUGACGCAACACAAGUACCCAGUGUGGCCAUAUCUACAUCAAAUAAAAAACAUUCAAAUGCGCAAAUUACUCAAUGGGAUCUUAUAUUUUAUGGUACGGAGAUUCCUGCUCAACCAGAUGAUCCUACGCCUACAAAUUCUAAACAAUUUAGUCCGUUUAGAAAUGACAUGGUGCACAAUGAUAUUGACUAUGAACCCAGUGAUCAAUGGAAUAAUAUGCAACAGAUGGGAAAACCAAGUAUGAUGACUCACGACCGUACAAAUACAAGCUGUGUGAAAACCACUAUUAAUCAGCAGUGCUUAGCUUGUGCUCCACCAAACCUGUUUUACAGAGGACGAUGUUACGAUAUUUGCCCAAUUCGCACUUACGCUCUCAGUAGUUUUAACAGUGUAGAGGAGUUUAAAAAUGAUACAUUGAAAAAUAACGAAGAAAUAAACCGGCAAAAGAACAUGCAGGAAGAAGAAGAGCUACAAUCAAUUGAUCGAAAGAGAAGAAGCAUGUAUUUGAAUGGAAAUACAUCUAAAACAAGUGCACAUAAUCGAAAAAGUACAGAUUCCACAGUAAACAAUAUAAUGACCCUAAGCUGCGAGCCUUGUGAUAAAUCCUGCUUACAAUGCUACGGACCCUUAAAUUCACAAUGUAGCAGUUGUUCAUUUGGAAGUCAACUAAAACGAAUGAAACAUACAAAUGAAACUUAUUGCAUUAACUUUUCAGAGCGAAGCUCCGGAAAUGCUUUUACUAAUUUAUCAACUCGUGAAUUCAAUAUUAAUUCAAUUAUGUUACUUUUAGUUCCUUUUAUUAUUAUUGUAGUGUUAGGCAUUUCUUUAGCUUCAUAUAGAAAAGGAAAAUGUUUAUUAAUCUGCCGUCGAGAACUGAAUGACAAUGAAGAUAUCCCAACGUAUUCUUACGACAGAGUUGCUUUAUUUGCAGAAGAAGACAACCAGGAAGACGACGAUGAUAUUAAGUCGCACCCGUGUGUUAUUAAAAUGUAUACAGACGAAAAAGAAAACGAUAAACUUAUCAAUAAAUAAUAUUUAAAUAAAAAACAAUCACCCCUAUUAUGUAAGUCGUUGUCGACACAAUCGACGUCAACAGCAAUUUUUAAUCGUCGUUGUGUCGACUCAAUAUUGAUUUAAACUCGUACUAAAAGAGAUUUCUUGACUUAAAAUAAUACAAAAACAGAACAUCGGAAAUUACAAAAAAAAAAAUGUAUUUUUUCGACGUCGACUUGGUACCGACAACGAUUCACAUAAUAGGGGGAAUAUUGUACAUAUGUAUAAAUAUACUGCUAAUUUGCUGUUCGCUUUUUCAAACAGUAAUAAAAAGAACCUAUUUUCGAAAAAAGUUUUAUUUAUUUUAAGACAUUUUUAAAAUUAA